UGUGCUCUCUGGCACAUGACUUCACAGACAAUUAGUGACAUUUUGGGUUGUUUUACAGGUUAUGGAUCAAUUUACUUCGAAGGAGAAGUAAAUCUAACAAACUUAAACCUGGAUGAGAUUGUCCAUAUCCGGAGAAAAGAAGUUAUUGUUUACCCUGACGAUGAAAGAAAACCCCCCAUUGGGGAAGGUUUAAAUAGGCGAGCCGAGGUCACCCUGGAUGGGGUGUGGCCCACGGAUAAAACGUCACGGUGCCUGAUCAAGAGCCCCGAGCGCCUGGCAGAGAUGAACUACGAGGGCCGGCUGGAGGCCGUGUCCCGCAAGCAGGGCGCCCGCUUCAAGGAGUACCGCCCAGAGACCGGCUCCUGGGUCUUCAAGGUAGCGCACUUUUCCAAGUACGGCUUGCAAGAUUCAGAUGAGGAAGAGGAAGAUCAUCCUUCAAAAGCGGACACCAAGAAGUUAAAGACCAUACCUGUGCCACCCCCAGGGCACCUGCUGCCCCAGCAGAUGGCCCUGAACGGCAAACCAGCACCCCCAGCUCAGUCUGAGUUUGACAGAUUUGCGCCUCUUCUGGAAGAACAUUGUUUUUGUGACUAUUAAAUGCACGCCCAUAAUGCCAACGCCGUGUGCUGCCUGCCUGGACAGUGAUGCUGUGCACUCAGUUUACCACCAUUAGUGUGCAAGACUGUCUGCUUUCUAUUUUAAGAAUGUGCUCUAUUUUUAUUAAAAUAAUACUUUUGUAAGGCUGGCUAUAUGCUGGCUUGGUAAAUGUAUUUGUGUUGGAUGUGACUGCUUUAAACCUUUGCAAAACAUCCUCAGUGGUGGGCCCAUCUUAUCCAGGAAUAUUUGAUCCACAGGCAGUGUUUGAUUCCGUUCACUGGGAAUACCAGAAACCCAGGUGGGCAAGAGGCCAACGACCCCUGGGCUGUCCCAGCCAUGGUGUGGCCACAAGCCCAGGGCAGCAUUGUCCCCCUACGCUGGGCACUGUGAGACACCUCAAGGGCUGUGUGCAGUUUUGGGUCCUGCAGAGAGACCCUGAGGGGCUGUGGUGUGUCCAGGGAAGGGAAUGGAACUGGGRAAGGGGCUCAGCCUGGAGAAAAGGGGGCUCAGGGGACCCUUCUGGCUCUGUACAAUUCCCUGACAGGAGGGCGGAGCAGGAAACAGCCUCAAGUUGUGCCAGUGGAGGUUUGGAUUGGAUAUUGGGAAAAUUUCUUCCAGGAAAGGGCGGUCCAGCCCUGGCACGGCUGUCCAGGACAGUGGAAGUCCCCAUCCCUGAGGCGAUUUCACAACCCUGUGGCUGUGGCACUUGGGGACGUGCUCAGUGGUGRCUCUGGCAGUGCUAGGGAGCAGUUGGGUUUGGUGGGCUCACAGGCUUUUCCAGCCUCAAUAGUUGUGUGUUUCUAACAUGGAAGAACCUUUCCCUGGUAUCCARUGGGAACCUCUGCUGGCCACUUGUGUGGCAGGAGAACAGAGCACUCGUGGCAGAUGAGAGGAGCCGUCAGGACCCUGAUCCUGUACAGCAAUUCCAUGAGCAGUGUCUGCUCCCUGUGCAGGACAUCCUGCUGCUGGGGCRUGCUGCGGGGCUGCUACCUCUGCUGGGCUCUGCAUGGAGAAUCCCAGAGUAGUGACCAGCUGCUGCUCCAGCUCUCCCGAUUCCUGGGCCAUUAACACCACUCACUUAUCCCUCUGCUGCAGUAGAUCCUUAAUUAUUUGCAUUUCAAGCUGCACACGUGGCUGCACAACAGCCUCACUUCAGUUCCCCUUCCUGCUUCAUGUUCAGAUUGGAGGGACMAGAGCUGAGGUUUUAAACACUCAGGAAUGCUGGGAAUAUCUCUCAUAUAUAUUCAAACAUUCUUACACAUUCCAGUGUACUUAAAAAAAACCCUUCCAGGUUCAUUAACCUGUGUGACUUGCAUACCAUUAACUCCAGUUUUAAUUUCUGAAUUUAAGAAAAGCCUUAUUUGAUUUCUCAGACACCUAAAAAAAUCAUAGCAUGGCUUAAAACUUCCCAAAGUCUGGGUGUAGAACACAUCUGAUAAUAUUAUUUGGGCUGCCAGAAGCGUUUAGUAUCUAGACUUGGUUUUUGUUUUGUUUUCCCUCACUAACUUAAAUAUUAAUGAAUUUAUUUAUGUUGCAAGGGAACCUGCUGCAUUAAAGCCCAAUGAAGGGAGCAGUGAAACUUGUGUGUUUCUAACCACGUUUUGGCAUUUUGUAAAUCUGUUCCAGAUGUGGGGCCAGGCUCAGAUUCCAUGUCUGCCACUCACUUCUGUCCUUACAGACCCCCAGGGUGAUUUUUAUCUGCCUCAGCUGAGAACCUUCACCCCUUCCUGGCUGAUUCUACAGAGCUAAGCACAGCCUUGUCAAUGUGCUCCUUAAUUCCUGAGCAGGACUCCCAGGGUUUCCUCACUCCUGUUUUUUGUGUCACUUCAGUGGUCUGUACUGUGUUUUUUCUGGGAAGCUGAAAGCAUGAGAUUCUCACAGGACAUGAAGCUGAGUGCUGGGAUGAUUAAACUGUAGCCAAACCAGUACAUGGGAGCUCAGGUGCCACAGCCUGAGCUGGGCAGAAACACAGCCCAUGACAGUGAGCAGAGUGAGCCAUGGAAUCAUGGAAUAGUUUGGGUUGGCAGGACCCAAAAGCCCAUCCAGUGCCACCCGUGCCAUGGAAGGGACGCCUCCCACUGUCCCAGGCUGCUCCCAGCCCCAAUGUCCAGCCUGGCCUUGGGCACUCAAARGGAUCCAGGGGCAGCCACAGCUUCUCUGGGCACCCUGUGCCAGGGCCUCCCCACCCUGUCAGGAGCCAUGUAAAAUGCUGUUUGUUGUGGAACAUAGUCUCCAUGAUUGGACAUUGUACUACCUGGGAUGGAUUCAGGAGGAGGGGAGGGAGACUAAGUACACAGAACGCUCCCUUCGCUGGGCACGUGAAAACUGGAAAGCUGAAGAAGUUUCCUAAACUGAAUGGCAGAACUGGGAAAACUCCAGGAGGGCACCACUAAUCUGGGACUGCUCUUUUCGCUGGCAUGGCACACCCUGAAGGUUCUGUGUGUCCAUCCCUGRCCUUAGUGAGGAGCCUUGGCAGAGCCAGGAGCACUCCGCAGCAGCUGCAGGUGAUGGUCGGGGUGUGAGUGGGUCCUGGCAAAGCUGAGCUCUCUGGGUGUGACCUGGUCUCUGUAU